AUGGAAUUAAAGAAGCACUACAUAGCACCAGCAGAAUGCACAUCCCUUCAGCACACCCAACAACACCUCUACUCAGCACCCCACCCCACCAAUCACCAUCUCCUCAAUCAUCACCACCAGCCACAGCAACAAGCUAUCACCUACAACAACAAUAACAUCACCAACGAACUACCUCAAAAUUUUUACUACCUCCCCGCACCAGCAGUUCAUUCUGGCACCUAUAAUAACAGUAAUAUUAAUGUUAGUGUUAAUGCACCUCCACCACCGGCUUACGAGGAAGACUAUCAAUGGAAAAAUUUAGUGAGCCCAUCUGAAUCCAUAGUUUUGGUGAAGAGCGAACCUAACGAUCACCAGAACUUGGCAUCUUCAUCUCAGCAAAGUUAUAAUAACAUUCAAGAUGAUGAAAAAAUAAAUGAACAUUCCAAUUAUGGCAUAAAUCAUUGGUACAAAAUGAACAAAUGA